CCAUUUUACCAGAUAGACCACCAAGCACCUCCUUCUCUUUCCCUCUGCUUGAGCAGAGAGAGAAGUGAGAACUAUGUCACCACCACAAGCUUUACUAAACCCUCAAACCCCAAAACUCUUCUCUCUCCUCCCAACCUCCCCCUUUUCUCUCUCUAGCUCUCACGGCCUCGCUCCGUUCCAAACCCUAACAUUCUCACGAAAACCCCCCUCUCUCUCUCCUAAUUCUCUCUCCUCCUCUUCAAACUCCUUCCAAUUCUCCUCCCAAAACCAACAGCAACACCCUCAAUACGACGAUGAAGAAGACGAGCAAGUCAUCGGCGAUUGCCUUGUCUUUGAAGAAGGCGUAUUCGAAGACCCAUAUCUUCAAGAAAACAACUUCGAUUCCAAUACAAAUAAUAAGCUUCAAAAGAGUAAAUCUUCAGUAGAAAUCAAGCCUGAGGAUUUGAUUCCAGAGAAAUGGAAGAAAGCUCAGGCGGAGAUUAACAUUACGAAGAAAGAGAGGCGAAAGAUUGCUCAGGAAUUGGAGUUCGGUCGCCGGGUUGAGAAGAAGAAGAAGGGUUUGGUACCUAUAAGGGAAGGGGUUUUGGAGGAGUAUGUGACGUAUAGGGAUGCUAAGUUGGCGCAAUUGAAGCCUCUCGUUCUCGAUAAUCCGAGUUUUCCGGCGAGCGAGGGUGGGAAUGAUGAGAAAGUUGUUGGAGAAUUGAGAGAUGGGGAUGGGAGUUGCUCGACGAGUAGCAGAGUGGCGCCAAGGAACCCUAGGAUGGCAGUUUAUGGAGGUACUUUAGAUGAUGUUUCGGAGUUCUUUAAUAGUGGGAUUUAUCAUCCUAAUGCUGCUCGGAAAUCCGAAGGCCGUCGUAAGCUGUUUACAAAGGAGGAAAAGGUCCUACUGAACAAGCGGGUACCUGAUCUGGCAGCUGCUACAUCUGGAAAAUGGCAACCUCUUCACACUCUUACUGCAUCUGGAGAGUUUUACCUUGUCAAUGAUUUGUUGAAACACAAUGUAGAUAUCAACAUCCAGGACAAGGAUGGACUGACCGCAAUUCACAAAGCAAUACUUGGCAAAAAGCAGGCCAUUUUUAACUAUCUUUUGAGAGAAUCCGCAAAUCCAUUUGUUCGUGAUAAAGAGGGGGCUACCUUGAUGCAUUAUGCCGUCCGCACAGCUUCAACUCAAAUGAUAAAAAUUCUUCUUUUGUACAAUGUGGAUCUAAACCUCCAGGACAAUGAUGGGUGGACACCAUUACAUCUUGCUGUUCAAACUCGCAGAACGGAUGUAGUGAGGCUUUUGUUAAUUAAAGGAGCUGAUAAGACAAUAAAAAACAAGGAUGGUUUAACUCCACUCGACCUCUGCCUCUAUUCUGGUCAAGACAUAAGGACUUAUGAGCUAAUUAAGUUGAUGAAACAGCUUCCCAAGCCGUGAUAACUGCUUUGACAACAAGCCAUGCGUCGUUGGUGUUACAUUUGCCCUACUGCUUUAACAGCAGAGUGUUGACUGCCAUCCAUUCAUGCAAACUUGACGAAGAGCCGAAUACCAACACCAGUGGCACACAAGAGCAUCACACCCUGCUUGUUAUAAUACGAUUGCCUCUGUACCUGUAUUGUUUAUAAGGCAAGCAUAUGUAAAAUCUAAUAGUUGUGCUCUCCAUUUAUUUGACAAAGCAAUGUUUCGUAAUUACAAUACAGUCUGAUGGUGGUUGUGACGAGGAUUACAACAAUGAAUUUGAUUGUAAUAUUAACAACUGCAGAUGAAAAAUGAUAAAAGUCCCGAUUUUUAUAACCGAGUGAUGUGGUAGUCGGUGAACUAAACAAUUUUAAAGGAGAGACUGUCUUAUUGAUUA